AAAUAUCAUUCAACUUAACCACAUUACCGAUUUUACGUCUUCGGACUAGAAUGUCUUUAACUGUAUCGUCGGUGUAGCAAAAGGUUUUUGACUUUAUAUCUUCUAAAGUCACGCAUUAAUCUCUGCGCUGCAUCUCAGUGUUUUCGGCUGUGUUCCAAAUUGCGAUGCAUGGACCGUACUCAGUUUCAAAAGAGGCCAAUUCCACAUGGCCUUGUUGAAUGCCGACCAAUAAAUCCGUUACUGACUUUAAUUUGAAAUAAAACCUUCUAAAAGUGAUCCAGCCUAAAUUUGGCUCACAUACUGUCCAACAAGCACAACACAUUUGAACAAAUAAUGGCCAGUUUAUUGGGCUGGUUUGCUGCUGGUCUCAACAGUUGGUGGCGGUAGCGAGUAGGUUAAGGUCAAGAAAUAGUUUCAGAUUUUUACUGAAAUUCCUUAUUUAUGUGUCACUUCUUAGCGGUCCUAACUAAUUAUAAGAAAAGUAAGUAAAUUAUAAGUAUUCACAAGUACUAAUGUGCUAAUGUGAGAGUUUAAUCCCUGUGUAUGCAGUCUGGCUCUAAAAAGGUGUAUCUUUUGAAGGGAGUUUGGUAAAAAUAAUUUCUCAUAGUCUUGCUGAUUGCCAAAACUUUCAGUACUCAUUAUAGCUUGACUUAAAUUUUAUAAACAUGAUCCAAUCUCCAAUUCUGCAUAUGUGCAGUACAACAACCACAACAUGUUUCUGAAAGUCGUGGCCAGAUAACAUUAACAUUCCUUUUCCACUAAAAUGUAAGUCAGCUCAUUCCAUAGGUUUAGACUUUUAUUAAAAUAUCUAACUUGUUUAGAGACUGCGUCUUUUCCCCCGAAUUUACUAGUCCCGUCUAAUGACACAUAGAAUAUUUUAAGUAAUGAUGUUGGAGUUGCAUAGCAGUGACAAUGCAUAAUUUAGUUUAAAGUAAGACAAUUUUGAAGGGAGUUCUGUCCCUUUUUGUUGGGACAGUUUGGUUACUUGUUACCAACCACUGUACGGUACAUAAUUAUGAUUGUUGACUGUUGAGAUGAAUCAUUUUUAAAAAAUGACUUAUUUUCUGACAUUUUAUUGAGCAAACAGUUAAUGGAGAAAAUAAUCUGUCUUAAUGGAGAUCACGUCAAAACAUGUUGAACUUUCCUACAAUAUAAACAGUAUCAGGAAGUGUACGUGAGACACCGUGUGUCUGAUGCUGUUGGCAGUUCUGCUUUGCUGUCACAGUGUUUAUUGGACGUGUGGUGACCAUUAAAUGUGCUUCCCUUCCUGGCGUGUGUGACACACUGUUACGAUCCUCACCUGUGGACAUGAAACAGUCGGUCUGUGCUUUAUGUUUGAGCAGGUGCACGAUGAGUUCAGCAGCGGAGGAUGACGAGGCUGCAGCGUUACAAACCGUCAAGUCCGUCACGCUCACUCAGGACAGUGAUGGAAGCAUCAUACUGCACUGUCCUCCCAACGAUGAGGACUCGGAGCCCCUCCAGAAGAAACUGCGUCUCUCUACAGACGAGCAGGAAGACUCGGACACGCCUCAGUUCUCUGUGGUCACCUUACCGAUGUCGGAGAACAACGAAGGCUUCGAGGUGACGAUGACGGCCACAGCGGAGGCCGAUCUGUCGGAGGAAGGCGUCGCUCAGAUUCAGAUUCUGCAGGAGGAUGAGGACUCGCUCUCGCCCAAUCAGAAGACAGAGGUGUCACCUGUCAGUCAGGCCUGGUUCACUACCAAAGAAGACAAAGACACACUGGCUAACAAAGGUCAUAAGUGGAAACAGGGCAUGUGGUCUAAAGAGGAGAUCGACAUUCUGAUGAGCAACAUCGAUCGAUACGUAAAGGGCCGCGGCAUCGACGACCCGGCGGAGAUCAUUUUUGAGAUGUCCAAAGAGGAGAGGAAGGAUUUCUACCGCUCGGUGGCUCUGGGCCUAAACAGGCCGCUGUUCGCAGUUUACAGACGAGUUCUGCGAAUGUACGACAACCGAAACCACGUCGGCAAGUACACUCCUGACGAGAUAGAGAAGCUGAAAGCGCUGAGGGUGAAACACGGGAACGACUGGGCGACUAUCGGAGCAGCUCUGGGCCGCAGCGCCUCGUCCGUCAAAGACCGCUGCCGACUGAUGAAGGACACAUGCAACACGGGCAAAUGGAGCGAGGACGAGGAGAGACGUCUCGCCGAGGUCGUGUACGAGAUAGCGGGCGUGUCGCCGGGGUCGGCGGUCACGGGAGGUGUUUCCUGGGCGACGGUCGCCGAUAAGGUUCGCACGCGCUCAGAGAAACAGUGUCGGUCGAAGUGGCUGAACUACCUGAACUGGAAGCACAGCGGAGGAACGGAGUGGAUGAAGGAGGACGACCUCAGCCUCAUACGCAGGAUAUCGGAGCUGGAAGUGGAGGACGAGAAUGAGAUAAAGUGGGAGGAUCUUGCAGGCGGGUGGAGCAGCGUCCGCUCGCCUCAGUGGCUGCGAUCCAAGUGGUGGAGCAUCAAGAGACAAGUAGCCAAUCACAAGGAGAUCCCCUUCAGCGUCCUCCUGAAGGGUCUCCAGGAGCUGAUGGCAUCCUCACAGACAUCAUCAGGACCAGGAAGUCCCUCCUCCUCCUCCCUCCAGAUACGACUCACCCGAUUGGAGGAGAGCGGCGGCAGCCCCGCCCCCAGCUCUGUGGCCGCCCUUCAGAUUCCCGUACAGAUCCCGCUGCAGAUCACACACCUGGCCUCAGAUUCGUCAGCAGCAGCCAGCGACAGUGAAACCAUCACUCUGAACACAGGAGCCCUGCAGACCUUCGAGAUCCUGCCUUCCUUCCACCUGCAGCCCACCGGCACCCCGGGCACCUACUACCUCCAGACGACGUCCAAUCAGGGCCUGCCGCUCAGCCUCUCCACCGGUCAGGGCCUUCCGCUCAGCUUAGGCAAUAACAGCACGGUUACCCUGACGACGGGCUCGUCUCCCUCGUCACACGAACACAUCAUCCUUCACAGCCUGUCGUCGGACAGCCUCUGCUCCAGCGAUGGGGUCAUCAUCCAGACGGUCACCUCUGACCCUGCAUCUUCAGACCCCCUCAGCCAAUCACAGCUGGUUGUGGAGGCGGAGGGGCGGGACCAGGACGACCGCCUCCAAGCCACGAGUCUCCUGGAGGGUUCGGAGAACCCGGAAACUCAGGAGCCAAUGACGGAUGGCUUUAGUGACAAGGAGCUCAGUUCCUCCUCUGUUGAGGCUCCAGUGGUGCAUUCUGGGAUAACAUCUGGCAGUGCUGUGUUGAUUGUGUCUCCUCCCAACAUCAGCAGUACACUGACAGAUCCCAUCCUGGAGAACCAGGAAGGCUCCGACUGAGCUGGACUCCCAUCGUGGCAGGUGGUGAUUAAAGGCCGGACGACAGGAGGAGGCUACUUCCUGUCUCCUUCUUCUUCUGUGGUGAAGACCCAGCUGCUGCACAGGACAUCUCCACCAACAGCAAAGACGCCACCCGUCUGCUCACACUCCUGUCCUGCUUUAAACCAGGACGUGGACCCGUUUAAAACAGACUUGGCUGUAAAUGAAACAGAACUUUUGAAUCUGUGUCUGAAGCUUCACACCGAACCCCUGGAUGAAAUGUGAACGCAGCGCUGCUCGAGCCCGGCCGCCACCGCGUCCUCACAGCCUCUGCAGUGCCAAAGAGACUCUAAACGCCGUGAUGGACAUGAACUGACCCUCGACCCUGACACACCACAUGAUCAGACGUACAAAUAAUUUUCUUUUGACAUCAUGAUAAAAUAAACUAUUUCAAUUUGUUUGUCACUUUUUUUAAAUGGUGAACAGGUUGUAUGUUAGCACAGAACCUCAUUUCUGCCACUUUGACCAAAAAAUCCGAACAUUAACACCAUUCAGGCUGAUUUUAACGUCAUGAUCCCACCAAGAGCUCGUAUGUGGGUCAUUUCUCGCAAACAGCUCAGUAAUAAAAGCAGCUGCAAUUACCUGUUUUUCUGUUAACUUGCUGCAGUAAUCUAAGUGAAAUUGUUAUAUUUUAAAGUGAAUCUCUUGAGUUUUUCUUUGUGUGAAGAGCUGCUUGUCCUUUUAUUUUGAAAGUGGAGCCAAAAACGUUUUUGUUCAUCUGCUGGACGGAAACAUUUGGGAACCAAAAACAUUGAAAGCUCAUUAAAUGUCCUCGUCGUGUCGGCAGGUAGCUACAGGUGUUCUGUUCUGAGUUCCUGUUUCAAAGCCCGUGUUUGUUUACAUUUUGGCAAAUUAGCAACAAUAAAAACU